GUACGUCAACACGCACACAGGUUGUACUUUUCGUCGCCGAUGAUCACAGGUGUUCGAUCCCAAGAUCCGAUCGGUCCAGUCGUUUCUCUCCUGUGUCGUUCGCGUUCCCCCGAACGAUAUCGAUAAAUCUGUCGGCGGCUGAAAAUUUGGCAAGUGUCGAUGUCUUACGUUUUUCUGCUCGGGACGUUGUUUCCUCGUCCCGAAAAGCUACAAUGGUAACUCGUUGACUUUAGAACCCGUCGGAAAUGUGAGUGCCGUCAAAGCUUGCGGAACGAGCGAAAAAUAUGGCUUUCUUGUGUCCUGUGCGUAUUCGUCGAGGGAAGAAGAAGAAACCUGGAGUCCACAACUUCAACUUAGAGAAAGAUGGAGUCGGCGGACUUGGAAUGGGAAACAGGGUACCACUGCCCCCUGGACGAAUAACAGGAAGUGCUAGUAUAGAAACUCUUGUCAGAGUUGGUAUCGAAAAAGAAAACGGACUCUCGCCUGACAGCAAAAUGGUCAUUAUUCACGACUUUACACCCUGUGUAGAUGAUGAGCUUCAGGUUAAAAGAGGCCAGAUCGUGAAUGUCCUCUACAGGGAGAACGACUGGGUCUAUGUCAUAGCAGCCGACACAAGAAUGGAAGGUUUCGUUCCACAUUCGUAUUGUGCACCCUACGCGUCGCAACUCGCGGAAUCAACUUUAGCUACUCUUAUGAACAACGUAAAGAAAAAAUUGCCACGUUCGAGCGAAAAUGAAGGCGAUUUGUCAAGCUCUGGAAGGUCGCAGGGAUUAGAUGCUCAACAGACUGACACUGGUUCGACUUCCGAUUGCGAAAGUUACGGAAGAAAUAUAACGACUGCUGAUAUAAAUGUGAAUCGCUCUAAUGUAUCUCAGUCGCAAAACUCUAUUCAAACUACUCCCUCUCAACCAGAUGUGCAUCCUUUCUUCAAGGAUCCUUCUGCAGGGAGAUACAUCGUCUUAUAUACGUUUGUCGCACGAGAUGAAAACGACGUGAGUGUAGAAAGAGGAGAAUUUGUAACUGUUUUGAAUCGAGACGACCCUGAUUGGUUUUGGGUCUUGAGACAUUGUGACGGAAAUGAAGGAUUUGUGCCAUCCGGUUUCGUCUAUCCAGGUCACGUACUUCAUUCCUAUGCUGCAACGACAGCGACAACAACAACUACCACCACUGCUGCUGAUGAUCCUCAUGUAAUAGGCGCAAGCAAUGGGAACGUCUCUGGAAGUGAGCAGUUGCAGCAGAAGGAUUUGAGGGACUUCCGGGAUGAGACGUCGGGAACGGAGUUAGUCGUGCUUUAUGACUAUAAGGCGCAGGCGCCGGAUGAUUUAUCCGUGAGGCGAGCCGAUUGGAUUUAUGCCGAUCUUGGAAAUCAAACGGUGGAUGGGUGGCUUUGGGCAUAUGCACCGAAGACACGAAAAUAUGGAUUCAUUCCCAAGGCGUAUGCCCGUCCACCUGCUAUGACCAGUCUAUAAUUAUUACGGUUUAUAAUUUUGUAUCCUACUUUUAUAACUAUUUUCUAAUAAUAACUUUUUCUAUACAA